CGGGUCCGGGUUCACUUCGCGCUUAAUUCUUUGGAUUUGUAGAGGUACAGCUGGCAGCGGAAGGUAGACACAAAGCAUUAAUUUUAUAAGUUUUCAUUAAAUUCAUUUGAUUUGUGUAAUUUCAUUUUUGCUACAUUUUCUAAAUAGAAUCCAAGACAGCCAUGCACGUAAUCAAGCGAGAUGGGCGUCAAGAACGCGUCAUGUUUGACAAAAUUACCUCCCGCAUUCAGAAGCUGUGCUAUGGGCUCAAUGCUGACUUUGUGGAUCCAACCCAGAUCACGAUGAAGGUGAUCCAGGGGCUGUAUAGCGGGGUGACCACGGUGGAGCUGGACACACUGGCCGCGGAGACGGCUGCCACCCUCACCACCAAGCACCCCGACUACGCCAUCCUGGCCGCCCGGAUUGCGGUGUCCAACCUGCACAAGGAGACCAAGAAGGUCUUCAGCGAUGUGAUGGAGGAUCUGUACAACUAUGUGAAUCCCCUGAAUGAACGCCACUCACCCAUGAUCUGUAAAGAAACCCUCGACAUAGUCCUGGCUAACAAGGAUCGUUUGAAUUCUGCUAUUAUUUAUGAUCGAGAUUUUUCCUACAACUUCUUUGGAUUCAAGACACUGGAACGUUCCUAUCUCUUAAAAAUUGAUGGAAAAGUGGCCGAGCGUCCUCAGCACAUGCUGAUGAGAGUGUCUGUCGGGAUUCACAAGCUGGACAUUGACGCUGCUAUUGAAACGUACAACCUGCUGUCGGAGAAGUGGUUCACGCACGCUUCGCCCACACUCUUCAAUGCUGGGACCAACCGGCCACAACUCUCCAGUUGUUUCCUGCUUGCCAUGAAGGACGACAGCAUUGAGGGGAUUUAUGACACCCUGAAGCAGUGUGCGCUGAUCUCUAAAUCAGCAGGAGGGAUCGGCGUUGCUGUCAGUUGCAUCCGAGCUACUGGCAGCUACAUUGCUGGGACAAAUGGCAACUCCAAUGGACUGGUCCCUAUGCUGAGGGUGUAUAACAACACUGCUCGUUACGUAGAUCAGGGAGGAAACAAGAGACCUGGUGCAUUUGCCAUGUAUCUAGAGCCCUGGCACUUUGACGUUUUUGAGUUUCUAGAGCUGAAGAAGAACACUGGGAAAGAGGAGCAGAGAGCCAGAGACCUCUUCUAUGCCCUCUGGAUCCCCGAUCUCUUCAUGAAGCGUGUUGAAAACAAUGAGGAUUGGUCACUCAUGUGUCCCAGCGACUGUCCUGGACUUGAUGAGUGCUGGGGGGAAGAGUUUGAGGAACUUUACACAAGGUAUGAGAAGGAGGGACGGGCGCGCAAGGUGGUGAAGGCACAGCAACUGUGGUACGCGAUCAUCGAGUCUCAGACGGAGACCGGAACCCCCUACAUGGUUUACAAAGAUGCGUGCAACAGGAAGAGCAACCAGCAGAACCUGGGUACCAUCAAGUGCAGCAAUCUGUGCACAGAGGUGGUGGAGUACACCAGCAAAGACGAGGUGGCCGUGUGUAACCUGGCCUCCAUUGCUGUCAACAUGUACGUGACACCUGAGCGUACCUACAACUUCCAGAAGCUGGCCUAUGUCACCAAGGUCAUUGUGCGGAACCUGAACAAGAUCAUCGAUAUCAACUACUACCCUGUGCCAGAGGCUGAGUACUCCAACAGGCGUCACCGGCCCAUUGGAAUUGGCGUCCAAGGCCUGGCCGAUGCCUUCAUCCUGAUGCGCUACCCGUUUGAGAGCCCCGAGGCCCAGCUGCUGAACAUCCAGAUCUUUGAGACCAUUUACUACGCAGCUCUGGAGGCCAGCUGUGAACUGGCUGCAGCACAGGAGCCCUACAGCACUUACGAAGGCUCACCAGUUAGCAAAGGGAUUUUGCAGUAUGACAUGUGGAAUAAAACCCCUACGGAUCUCUGGGAUUGGAAAGCCCUGAAAGAGAAAAUCGCCCAGUACGGAGUCCGUAACAGUUUACUGCUGUCCCCUAUGCCUACUGCCUCCACAGCUCAGAUACUGGGCAACAAUGAGUCCAUUGAGCCUUACACCAGCAACAUCUAUACGCGCAGGGUGCUCUCUGGAGAGUUUCAGAUCGUAAACCCACACUUGCUGAAAGAUCUGACCGAGCGGGGGCUGUGGAACGAGGAGAUGAAGAACCAAAUCAUUUCUCAGAAUGGCUCCAUUCAGGGCAUUGCUGAGAUCCCAAGUGACCUGAAGGAGCUGUACAAGACUGUGUGGGAGAUCUCCCAAAAAACUGUGAUCAAGAUGGCUGCUGACCGAGGGGCCUUCAUUGACCAGAGCCAGUCGCUGAACAUCCACAUCGCAGAGCCCAACUAUGGGAAACUGACCAGUAUGCACUUCUAUGGCUGGAAGCAGGGCUUAAAGACUGGCAUGUACUACCUGAGGACCAAGCCCGCGGCCAACCCCAUCCAGUUCACCCUGAACAAAGAGAAGCUCCGCGAGGCCGAGAGCACCAAGAACGCGCAGGCCGCCGUGGAGCGCAACAAGGCGGCCAUGGUCUGCUCACUGGAGAACAAGGAUGAAUGCCUGAUGUGUGGCUCAUAGACGCCCCCUGCCUCCUUCCCCCCCCCCAGCCCGGCUGCCAAGACAGAUAUCGAAACCCCCCGAUAAGAGCUUGUGGCGUUGUCAAAAGCACGGCCAGCAGCAGCAGCCCCAUUGCAUGUGUACCCUGUCAGACGCUCACUGCAACUCGCUGUCUUAUUGGAACUGCAUCUGGGCAGCUGUUGGGUUUUUUUUUUUUCCCCAUUACCGAGCGUGGGAGGAGGGGGAUGGCUCGUUCUUGGUGUCUGUGGGUUUUGUCAGGAUUGUUCUCCUCUGGGACGGCGGAUAUUUUUUUUUAGCCUCAUGAUCUGUUGAACUUCUGUCGGCAAAAAAAAAAGGUUGAAUUUUCUUAAGAGGACAUCUCAAAGCGUGUCAGCAGGGUGCAUGAAGAUGCAUCUUAAGGGGUUCCUGUACUGAAUUCUUCCAUGUUUUGCGUUCUGUUUUCCCACUUAGCUGUGUUGUUGCAGUAUUACAUAAAAGGACACUUAAUGACCAAAUCUUUGUCAUGAACUGUCUGCUCUACUUAAAUUUAUACGCGAAUGCCCAUAUUUCUUUAUGAUUUGUAACUGUAUGCAUAUAAACCACAUACAAUUUGCAUUUGUGUUGAAACUGUAUAUACAUUUGUCCUGUUAACUUCAGAAAAUCUGAAAUGUGCGCAGGGUCUAUCAUAUUUAUAACGCUUGUACAAACAGAAGCCAGCUUGAGAAUGGUUUGUCUGCAGGCAGAACUAAUGAACAAGUCUUUGUAUAGCAUGUUUUUUUUAGAGACGUAAUGUGGCACUUAAAAACCGUUUUCUUAUUUCAUGGAAUGCAAUGAAAUCUAGAAAAAUCACACACUGCUAUGGUAAAGCUGUUCAGAUUGUCUUGUCAAGAGGGUGGGGUAGUUUAAUAUGUACAGGAUAUGAAGUCGAAUAUCUCGAACCCUUUGAUAUGAUUUGAUCAGAUAUUUUCUGGUAUGUGUCUGAGAAUAGCAUCAUCUUUUAAUUUAAAAAUGGUACAUACAAUACUUCAUUAAAACAAACUUUUAAAGCA